GUAAGUCCGAAGGUUAAUGAAUAACAAAGUAAUUGGCUUGAUAAAAGGGAGUCGACUCUGAAUCACGCAAACAAGAUUUUAAGCCCUAUUUGCACGGGAAAAGUAUUAAAUGGGGACCUCUUGUGAUUUAAGAAAUUACCUACCCAUAUCUAUAUUACCUACCCAUAUCUAUGGAUUGGUGGAGAAGUUCGCGUUGCAUCGCUGCCGGCGGCUAGUUUGUAUCCUCUGACACUUGCUUCACCUCACAUUUGUUCCUUGUCUUAAUAUUAGUGUAUUUUACUAUAGUUACCUAUCAUUGUCGUUGCCGAAUUAUUUAGAACUUUAUUUUCUAAAUUUAUAUUAAUUGAAGCGUAACGCCGCUAGCAUAUUAGCGUGUUAGCUUGCCUUCUGUUUACAGUUCGGAAUAUCAUCUCCCCCUAUUUGUCUUGUGUGCUAACUGUUUCUCUUUUUAAGCAUAUAUACUAAGACUCAUCAAGCAACCUUGGUAAGUUAGGAUUGCACUUCAUACCCGGUGAGUUAUGGCUUCUAUUCCUAUUGUUGUUACUUGCACCUCAUGUCAUAUGUUUAGUUUAGCCUUCUCUGUCAGCGGCGAGGGUUUUACAUGUGAUAAAUGCAGGGAAGUAGUUAGGCUGACGGAGAAGAUCUUAGAAUUAGUCUCGCAUCCAAUCUAUAUUUGAGGAUAGUAAGAGUGUUAGGACUGUAGAAAACACUUCGGAUGCGAGCAAUGUUAGCGCACACAGCUCGGUUCCGGUUGAAAAUCCCUUGCAGCUGGGAAACUUUGUGACGGUGAGACGGCAUAGUCGCAGGACAAAACAUCACUCAACCGUUCCGAUUAAAGUCUCGAACAGGUUUGCCCCGCUCAGUGACGCACCGACUGAGAAACCUGCUGAAAGUGCCCUAGUGAUCGGUGAUUCUAUUGUCCGGAACGUUAACAUAGAGACACCAGCCACCAUAGUCAAAUGUUUACCGGGAGCCAGAGCGCCUGACAUCAAGUCAAAUCUAAUUGUGCUGGCUAAGGCUAAUCGUAAAUUCAGUAAGAUUAUUAUUCACGUCGGCACAAAUGAUGUUAGACUCCGUCAAUCGGAGAUCACUAAAGAUAAUAUUAAAGAGGUGUGUGAGCUCGCAAAAACGAUGUCAGACACUGUAAUAUUCUCUGGCCCCCUUACUGCUUACCGUGGUGAUGAGAUUUAUAGCAGAUUAUCAUAACUAAAUGGCUGGUUGUCUGAGUGGUGCCUGCAGAAUAAUAUAGAUUUUAUAAAUAACUGGAAGACUUUUGAGGGCAGACCUGACCUGUUGAAACGAGAUGGUCUCCAUCCCUUCUGGGAUGGGGUUUCCCUCCUCUCUAGAAAUUUGGCACACAGUCUUAAUAAUGCUAAAGUCUGACUACCUAGGGCCCAGGUCAGGAAGGAGACAGAAUGGUUUAACCAACUGUCUGCUUGCCGUCCCGCGUUACAGAAUACACAAAAUAUACAUGGGAUUUAUGUUAUCAAACGACCCCGUUGUUCAUCAAAAUAUAGUAGGUAAUUUGCAGGGGAUUUUUUUCUUUACAAGUUAUAGACAUGGCCAAUUCGCACAGGACUAAGAUCACAGACAACCUCUGCAAUUAUUACAAAUGACUAGAGGUCCCCAGGUAAUACUAAUCCCGUGCGAAUAGGUAUUUAUUUAAACUUCCAAAGGAAGAACUUCUGAGGGAACAAUGGUUACAAUUCAUUUUUCAAACGACACCAAAGGAUUAUAACCCCAGGAUUUAACUGAGCGCACGUCAUUUCACCAAAGAUUGUAAUCCAGUAAUGAUGGUAGGCGUUCCAUUUGCGACACAAGAUGAACGCGUUUGACCAAUCACAGCAGACUCCCCUAAUGAUGACAGGCAGUCCAUUUGCGGCACAUGCUGAAUGCGUUUGACCAAUCACAGCAGACCACACCAUCUGACCAAUCACAUGACACUAGGCUAGCGAAUAGGAGGGGAUUAGAUGGAUGAAUGGCGGAACGAAUCAUUUGAGAGUCAGUCAAGAAGUAAGGUAAAAAUAACUGCUUAUUAUAACAACAUAACUGGUUUUCACACCUUCUAUGUGCAUAAACGUUUUGUUGGACACUCCAUAAACCAAAGUAGGACCUUAAGAAUCAUAGGUUACUUACUCUUUUAAUGUUUUGAAUACCACUUAAAGAUUUAUAAACUGUUUUAAGUUAAGGCUAAAGAACAGUUUAGAAAAGUGAUCCAGCUGCAAAAUGUCUUCAACAAGACAUUUAACAUCAGACUUACAUAAGUGCUCUUUUGAAUACAAUUAAUUUCAGUGAACAAAACAAGAGACCUAAAGUGACCCUUGAUGUUGGAAUGUAAUGUGAAAAAAUCAAAUGCGUAGCAGUUAUUUGUUUCUGACUAUGUGCAAUCCCCUGCGAUCGAACCCAUGACCUUGGCAUUGCUAGUGCCAUGCUCUAACAACUGCUAUACAGAAUACUUUAUUAUUGUAAUCAGUAUAAUGUGCAGAAUUCAGAAUGAUAUACUCAACUCAUCUCAACUUUAUUUAUAUAGCACUUUUUACAAUUUCCAUUGUUACAAAGCAGCUGUACAUAAGACAUAUUGACUGUAAUCAAAACAACUAAAGUCAUAUACCUGUAAAAACAAGAAAAAGGUGAAAACACAGAAGACAGACAUUGUCACGGUCACCAGCUGGAGUGCCCUCUCAAAUCCACUAGAGGGCACUCCCCUCAUCACUCCCGGACCGUCUUUGCACACUACAUUUCCCAUAACCCUUUACCCAGACUCAUUGAACACUGAUCACUCUCACCUGUUUGCAAUAACCUCUGUCUACAGAGCCUGGUUCAUUCUCUCUGUCAUGGCGAAGUCUUGUUUUUGUGUCAAUUGCAUUUCUGAGCAUUCUCUCAUUGUUUUGGAUUACCCUGUGUUUUUGAACCUUGAACUGUACCUCUCGUUUUGGAACAUCUGCUGCCUGCCUCUACCCAUGCUUGUGACCUUGUUUAUGCCUGUUUUCUGCCUGCCCUGACCAUUGCCUGUUGUCUUUGUUUAAUAAAGCUGCAUUUAGAUCCGAACCUGUCAGGUCUCGGAGCAGUUUGUGACAGACAUACCCACAUACAAACGCUCCACACACACAAUAUGCACACAUAUUUACACACAUCGACAUAGACACCUGGGCACUCACAGUGAAAGCACACAUUUAAGGUAAAGGAGAGAGAAACACAGGUCAAUUAUUAUACAGACUAUAAAUUCCUAUAUGCAAUAUUAGUUAUGUAAAACUUCUGAAUUGUAAAGCAGCCCCCCCCCCAAGGCAAAUAGUGCAAAACAGUAUGCAAACGGUAGCGAGGAACCCAAAACUCUAAUCGAGAAAAAAAAACUCAGGAGAACCCAGGCCCAACCAGGGGAUUCCAGUUCCCCUCUGGCAAAAGCUGCUGCCUCUGCACAAGCUCGACAGUGCUUGCACAGCAAUGCUAAAUAAAAGAUAAAGAAACUUACUAAUAAGGUAAAUUAUAGAAUUAAGAUUCACAUUAAUAAUUUUAUAGCAUUUGCAAUUUUGUAGUGAAGUCGUGUCAGGUCGGCGUGUCCUUUAUCCAGCUCUAUCAUCUCAGCUCUUGUCAGGUCACCGUUUCCCAUUCUCCGCUCUACCAUCAGGUCUGGGCAUGAACUGUAUCCUGCGGUAGCCUUGGAACAAAGAGACAAGACUGGCUGAGAGUAGAGUACUGUUCUGCACUCUUUGAUGCAACAAUGUGCAGUGAUGCAGAAACAUCAGAGAGGAGCUAUGAGAGCAGUGAUGGACAUGAGUCUGUUUGUGCUGCUUCUGCUGUCAGGACUUAUGUGCAGCACUUCUGGUCUUUGGCGACAGUAUCACUAUAUAAAUCGGAGCAUAUCAUGGGCAGAAGCUCAGAGUUACUGUAGAGAGAGGUUCACUGAUCUGGCUACUGUAGACUCUAUAGAUGAUGUUAACAGGAUGAUGAAUACAGUGAAUGAUGGAUACAGUGGAUCAGUGUGGAUUGGACUGAAGAGGGCGACACAGAAACGUUUGGGAUGGUCUAUGGGAGAUGACACUCUAACACAGUACAGUCCAUGGCAGCUAGGAUAUCCUAAGGAGGGUGGAGAGUGUUUCAUGUUUAGGGAUAAAGUCUGGCGUGAUUAUCCAUGUGCAGGCAUAUUGCACUUUGUGUGCUAUGAUAAAAAUACUGGUUACGUCAUAAAUUCUAUUUUUAAAACAUGGACAGAUGCUCAGAGUUACUGCAGACAGUAUCACACUGAUCUGGCCACCAUCAGCAGCCCUGAGGAGCAGAACCAGAUCUUUACUGCUGUAGGAAGUGUGCCGUGGCUCUGGAUCGGUCUGUUCUCUGACUCUUGGCUGUGGUCUGAUCAAUGGAGUCUCUUCUUUAGAAACUGGGCAGCAGGACAACAUUUCCAGAGUUUUGGUGACUGUGUUGCCAUGUCAACAGCUGACUCUGGGAAAUGGACUCAAUACAGCUGUGACCAACAGCAUCCAUUUAUUUGCUAUGGAGAGGACAAGCAAGUUAACAAACAGAUUGUCAGGUUGAAGUUGUCCCAUGAUUGGAAAAAUUAUUUGAGUGACCCUCGAAUACAGACUACCAUUCUGAAUGAGAUAAACAAAAAGCUGGAGUCCAUGGGUAUGGAAGACUGUAAGAGCAUCAGCUGGAGAAAAGAUGAAGGCCGAGAGAUAUUUCAUCUGAUGAAUACCACUGUGAAGUCAAGUAAACCAUGUGAUUAGUAUCCUGAAGAUAAGAUCAAUGCCUUUAAACUUUGCAAUGGAGUUCUUUCUUUCUGUUAAUGCAACGAUGUGAAAUACGUUUCCAGUUUCUUUCCCAUUUCAUUCUUUAUCAUUACAAUGUACAGAUUUUGUGAUGAAAGCAGUAAAACGUUCCUAAAAUUUGGUGUAAAUUUGAAAUUACAUGAUUAUGCUUUUUAAUGUUUAAAGAAGAUAAGAAUCAACUAAUAAGGCAGCAACCGUGGGUUUUUGGAAAGUCCUUAAAAAUAGUUAAGGCACGUGAGAUGAUGCUUUAGUCACAUUUGAUUGGCUGAUAACCCUGCCCAAUGAAAAACCCACUUUUCAUGCUCAUGGUCGGUUUACAGAAUGACUUGGUUUGGUGAAACCGAUAUUAGAAUGCUUAACAUUUUUCUUGAAAAAAUGAAAUUCACACUAAAAGAAGUAAUACUUGCUCUAUACUUAGCAAAAACUAGUUACUGUCUAAAUUUGAGCAGUUAUAAAACAUAAAAGGAAAAUUCAUUAGAUGUAUAAGUUCAUUUGUUUAAAAAAAGUUAGGUUGACAUUUUUUGUGUGAACUCUAUAACUGAAGUUUUAAGACCUUGUGUUAGUUUCCUGAUUUAAGUAGCAAUUAAUUUCAUCAAGUAACUUAUGUCUGCGGUAAACAAAAAACUAAUAGUAAAUAAAAAGUAUAAACUAAUAAAUCAUAUGCCGUUUCUUAUUUUUUCCAAGAAAUGGCUCUCGUGUAGCCUAUAGGCCUCUGCACUUAUAUCUUUCAUAACAAAUGAUAAAAUAUUAUCCAUAAACAUGAAAACAUUUAUAAAGACAACUUUAUUACUUUCUUUUUACUUUGUUUUCUUCAUACACCAAUGUUCUUUUUGAGAAUUAACAGAGGUUUAGCUUUCUUAUUAGUUCUGUUUGAAGUCAAGUUAAGGGUUUCCUUUUACUCGGCUUUUGAAGUGAUAGUUUUCCUUUGGGCAUAGUAAGGUGUUUUAAAACACAUUGGGGAAUAUUAAACAGAUUGUGUGGUGUACGGAUAAGGGUGUCUUAGGCUAGAGAUAUACUAUAUGAUAUUAUGAAAUUAGUUCUAUAAUGUGGUUUUAAUUCUUUUCCUUCCUCUUUCUUUAAUGUGUUGUCUUUGUAUACAAAUACAUAAAAAAAAAUUGUAAACUGUA